AUGACGGAUGGAGUAAGUGGAGAUGGCAUAUUUCCUAUCAUGACAGUAAGAGUUAAUGACAUAAUGUGUCAAGCUUUAAUUGACUCUGGCGCCGGGAGCUCUUACGCAUCUGCCAAGCUGAUUGACACUUUAAAGAUAAAACCAUGUGAGAUAAAACGCCAACGCAUAAAUAUGCUAAUGACCACCCAGACUGCGAGAAUGGAAUUUUAUGACGCGAAAAUUAGCUCAAUCGACGGAAAGUACAAAAUGAACGUCAACUUGACUAAAGUUGACAAAACCGAACUUCUGUCAAUUAAUAACCCGGACUAUAAAAGAUUAAUAGAACAAUAUCAACAUCUGGAAUCGGUUAAGAUUUACGAUGAUGAUACAAAGCCACAAUUACCAGUACAUCUAGUACUCGGAAACAGUGAAUACGUUCGAAAUAAAAACCAGCACGAAGCCUCUCGUUGGAAACAAUUGUGA